GCUAGCAAUGUCUUAGAUCUUUGAUAUAUCUUCAAUUUUUUUUUGUUUAUUAUCGUUUUCAAAUGUUACUGAAAAUGAAUACACAUAAUCAUUCAACAAUCUACCAUAGUUUCUCAGUCAGUUUCAUAUUUAGAUGCAUCAGAGUUCUACUCAACAGAUCUAUUGGUCUCUUACCUUAAAUUAGACGACACUUUUUUCUUUCCUUUCUUCUUUUUUUUUUUCGUUCUUCUUCUAUAUUUUGUACGUAUAUCUAUAAAUAUUUUAUUCAUAUAAGAGUGAAAAAAUGUCAAGAAAGCCAUGUUGUGUGGGAGAAGGGCUGAAGAAAGGAGCAUGGACCGCCGAAGAAGACAAGAAACUAAUUUCUUACAUUCAUGAACAUGGCGAAGGAGGCUGGCGUGACAUUCCCCAAAAAGCUGGACUAAAACGAUGUGGAAAAAGUUGUAGAUUGCGAUGGGCUAACUAUCUGAAACCGGAUAUUAAGAGAGGAGAAUUUAGCUACGAGGAGGAACAGAUUAUCAUCAUGCUUCACGCUUCCCGGGGCAACAAGUGGUCGGUCAUAGCGAGACAUUUGCCCAAAAGGACAGACAACGAGAUCAAGAACUAUUGGAACACACAUCUCAAAAAACGCCUUAUUGAUCAAGGUAUUGAUCCCGUGACCCACAAGCCACUUGCCUCUAACACUAGUCCUGCCACGCUCAAGACUUCUGAGUUCCAAGAUGACGACUCAAACCGGGAUGACCAGUCACAGUCAGGUUCUAUGUCUCCAAAAUCUCUUCCUCCAUCUUCAAGCUCCUGCAAUCUACCGGAGAUAAGCAGCAGUGAUGAGACACCGAAAAUUGAUGGUUCGUUGAGCUCCAAGAAACGCCGUUUUCAGAGAUCGAGUUCGACCUCAAAGCUGUUAAACAAAGUUGCAACUAGGGCUGCUUCCAUUGGAAAUAUCUUAUCAGCGUCCAUGGAAGGAACCUUGCUCAGCUCUACAACACUGUCUCCAUGUCUCAUUGAUGACUUUUCCGAAACUAGUCAGUUUCAUAUGGACGAAUUCGAUCCAUUCUCUCAGCCAUCUGAACACACAAUUGAUCAUAUGAAGGAUGAUAACGGCAUGAACUUUGAUCUCAACAGUUCCGAAUAUGAUUUCUCGCAGUUUCUCGAGCAAUUUAGUAACAACGAAGGCGAAGAAGCCGAGAACAUUGGAGGAUAUAAUCAAGAUCUCCUUAUGUCUGAUGUCUCAUCAACAAGCGUUGAUGAAGACAAUAUGAUGCCAAACAUAACCGGUUGGUCCAAUUAUCUUGUUGACUAUUCCGAUUUUGUUUAUGACACGAACCAAGAUUGCGACGCCAAGAACUUCAUAUGAUCCGUUGGUUGCUUACCGGACUUCAGUUGGCUGGUUAAUUUCAUGGUUUACAAGUUAAUACUUAAGGGUCACUAUAGGGUUACUAUAUAUAUCCAAUAAGGGUUUCUCAUACUUAGAGAACCAUGUGAUCCCGUGAUCAAUUAGUAUUUGAUUUGUGGGAGACACGAGUUUAUUCGAUAUUUGUGGACUUUGGAAAGUAAAUAUUAAAUAAAGCUUGCAUUUUCUUAAUU